GAAGAUCUCUCGUCUGAGGAGAGAGAAGAAUUGUUAAAUAUAAGACGGAGGAAAAAGGAGCUUAUAGAUGACAUAGAGAGGCUGAAGUUUGAAAUUGCAGAGGUGAUGACUGAAAUCGACAACCUAACGUCUGUAGAAGAAAGCAAAACCACACAGAGGAAUAAACAGAUAGCUAUGGGGAGGAAAAAAUUCAAUAUGGACCCCAAAAAGGGCAUCCAGUUCCUCCUCGAGAACGACUUGCUGCAGAACACGGCGGAGGACAUAGCGCAGUUUCUAUACAAAGGCGAAGGUCUGAACAAAACUGUCAUUGGUGAUUACCUGGGAGAAAGGGAUGAUUUUAAUAUCCUGGUACUUCAAGCAUUUGUUGAACUCCAUGAGUUUGCGGAUUUGAAUCUUGUCCAGGCAUUAAGACAGUUUUUGUGGAGCUUCAGGCUACCAGGGGAAGCCCAGAAGAUAGACAGAAUGAUGGAAGCAUUUGCAUCACGAUACUGUCUGUGUAACCCUGGAGUGUUUCAGUCUACAGAUACCUGCUACGUCCUGUCCUUUGCUAUCAUUAUGCUGAACACAAGUUUGCAUAACCCCAAUGUGAGGGAUAAGCCAUCAGUAGAGCGCUUUAUAUCUAUGAAUCGUGGCAUCAAUGAAGGUGGCGAUCUCCCAGAGGAAUUAUUAAGGAAUUUGUAUGAGAGCAUUAAGAACGAGCCCUUCAAGAUCCCAGAGGACGACGGGAACGACCUGACACACACGUUUUUCAACCCUGACAGAGAAGGAUGGCUCUUAAAGUUAGGAGGAAGAGUGAAGACGUGGAAACGUCGGUGGUUCAUCUUGACCGAUAACUGCCUUUACUACUUUGAAUACACCACGGAUAAAGAGCCUAGAGGGAUAAUUCCUUUGGAAAAUCUAAGCAUCAGAGAAGUUGAAGAUCCUCGUAAACCAAACUGCUUUGAGUUAUUCAAUCCAAGUCACAAAGGACAAGUUAUCAAAGCCUGUAAAACCGAAGCAGACGGGAGAGUGGUGGAAGGAAACCAUGUGGUGUACAGAAUAUCUGCGCCGACGCCCGAGGAGAAGGAGGAAUGGAUAAAGUCCAUAAAAGCAAGUAUUAGCAAAGAUCCCUUCUAUGACAUGCUAGCGACAAGGAAGAGGAGAAUCGCUAAUAAGAAAUAACCUAUGUGAUUGUGAUGCAAGUAUCACUCCUGGUACGAGUCAUAGGACCAACAUUAACCUGGACUGCAAAUGCCUCAGCAGGCGGCACCACAAGCGCUCCUCCUCCCAGUGCGAAUGUCUGCCAUAGCGGUAUCCACCUCACUCUCCAGAUUCCCAGUUUUUUGUUUUUUUUUUAUUAUUAUUUUUUUAUGUUCUUUAUUUGAAGUCUGGCCAUUGUGAACUUAAAGACGCCCUCGAAUUCCUCAUCGCGAUGUAAAUAUCCCCUGUCCUCCGGCAAACAACACUAACGCCAUACCUGUCUCUGGUUUCAUUUUUUUCUCCUAGAAUGGUACGAAAGCAUAGCGUCAUUUCCGCCACAGCGGGCCUAUAGCUAUCCUGUAAGCUGCUUUUGUCAGUAUAUCCUCUGCUGGACCCUGACGUGAAGGACAAGCCUGCUGCUGCCGCCAGCUGUGGAAAUCUGGUUUAUUUCACAUUCCCCAAAUAGCCACUGAAUAAUGAAUCUAUAAGCUAGCCUGCCCUCUGUACAGUUUUUCUAUUUUAUACGAAACGUAUAUACAUGUAUAUAUAUCAGGUAGCGGUGGCUUAUAUUGACGCUACAUAUAACUGUAUAACAGCAAGGGGGGUAUUACACAAUUGUGCCUGCUUGUCGGCAAGACAAUUCUGUGUAGAGUGCCUCCAGCUGGUUCCCAAGAGGACGAGUGCAUCCAUCCCUGCAUGAUGUAAGAAUGCGGUGUAUAUGUCACCGUAGCGACUGGUAGGAUUUAUGCCUUAAACAGUCCAAAUCAGCGAUCGCCAGGUCUCCCAAAGGCCUCCUGUUCUUGCUGAUUCAGCCAUUGGGUAUGACGCCCGCUGUGUCACCUGGGUGGAGACGGGAUGAUCCACUCUAAGGUGGCGUCGCAAGGACCUCAAUCACUAUAUAUAUAUAUAUAUAUAUAUAUAUAUAUAUGUACAGGUAUUUGUAGCUGACUUUAUGCAAUGCUCCAUCAAUGCGUGGUUAGAACCAGUGUUCAGUACCGUCGCCUCAUACCGUCACGUUGUCAGUGUUGUCUGUAAUAAUCGUUUAUUUUCGCAGCAUUAUUUUCUGGGGAAAAAAGCAAGAAAUUGCAUUUUCCAGCAAAACCACAAGUGAAGACCGGCCCACGAGGAGCAGAAUAGAAUGCCUAUGUUAGUUCCUCAGGUGGCCAUGGAUGGGCAUACCAGUUUUGUUACAUUCAUACCUAUUGUAGCGCUUUUGCUUCUGUUUUAUUUAUUUUUUGGCUUUGAGUGGAAUAGGAACAGUGUAAUGAGAUAGGUGGUCAGGUGUGGACAAUACCUUUCAUUUGGGGGGUCCUUAAGACAAACAAGCUCUUUGCAGUAGAACAUGGUUGUAGCAUGCACGGCACCAUCCCAAGUAUGUAGGCCUGCGUGUCUACAAACCUGUGAUGGAUUCGGCCAGUUUCAGAGGAGUAUGUUCACUACAUGAAGCACGCUCCACGUGGGAGCACGAAUUCCCGUAGUGUACUCUGCUCCUUCGAUCAGACUGCGUGGCGUUAUAAUGACUUAUAAUGCUGUGUGUCUCUAACUGACCUUAGCUGUAAUGAUUUGUACUGAUGUAAGGUUGGGAAGCCAAAGGAGCAGAGUUCGCUAUGGGAAUUCACGCUUGCACACCGCAGUGAACGGGCUCGUCUGAAAAUGACCUUAGAUAAAGAGUUUUUCUUAUCAAGACAAUGCCAGGCGUGCAGUCAGCUGAUCGCCUGGUGUCUAGCCGGUGAUCACCCAGUGAUCGCUCAGGAAGCUGCAGUGGCCACUAGAGGGGAAAUGUAGUAUUACAUGAUGCUGGCCAUUCAGAGCAGGAGCUAGUUUGUACUGCCUUACUCCUAAUUCCAUCGGCAUCUCUUCUGUUUGAGCGGCAUUGUCCAAAAAUCGCGUUACAACUAGCGGUGGUUAACAAUCCCUCUUAGGAGAUGGUGCUUGAUGUAAGCUAAUGGCCUUACAGACGUUGCCUACGUGCUGUUUACAGGCAUGAGAAAUCCACGGUGCUUCACACGGUGACUUGUGUGUGUAUAGUGUAUAUAUGUAAAGGGUUAAAUAUUCCAAUACUAUAAGGUAUCUGAACCUGGACCCCCAUUUCAUUAGCUAGCGAGACCAGAUUCUCUGUAUGUGUAAUGUAACGUUGACACACGGAUUGGGCAGCUGUAGAAGUCCCCCAGGACUUUACAGGGACCUCCUCGCUGUGUGGUGUACCAUUGGAAGCUCACCGGCGGGACGAAGUCCAGAUACUUAUCUACUAUUCGUCUUACAUUGAACUUAUUGGGCUCAGCAGAACAUGAGCAGUGCUCACAGAUAUUACAGAUAUUUAGUAUGGACCAUUAAUGGAAAAAAGAGGAACAUGUCACAUCACAUCACCCCGGUCAUCUGUGGCAGACAGUGCUAGAAAUCCCACCUGCCACAUUCACGUUUGCUAAGGGCCGUCAUAAUGUCUACUCAGAUGGUUUACAAAAAAAAAAAAUAUUUGAUUCCCCCCCCCCCCCCCCCAGUGGGUUUUUCUGUAUUUUGAUGCCUGUGUCCCUUUAAAUUAGCUGCGCUAGCGGGUACUCAUGGCAAAGUAUGCAAUAUACUUAGCCACCCACAUUUCUGUCCAAGGCAGCCAUGUUUGUCCCUACGCUCGGGGGAUAGAGGCAUUGUAGAGUUAGUACUUGUACAUAGCGGAAUCGUUAUAAAAUGUUUUUGUUGUUUUGUACUUUGCGUCCUAGAUAAAUAGGACAAUUUGUGUUUCUACCAUGUCCACGCCGGGCAGUUCCUUGGGUGGGCGUACCAGGAUAUCCUCUGCUACAGCGAAUAUAAGCAAGUGGCAAGAAAACGUAUUGGAAAUUGUAUAUUGUUCUGUUUUCCAUGUCCCACCUCUAAAAGACAAGGGAAGCAGAUCCCAAAUUCUUAAAGGGGCAUUCCAACCUUAAUUGUUGGCUGGAAUACCCCUUUAACCUUUGCUUUAUCCCCUUUUCACAAUUUUUAAGUUUUAAACAAGUUGUAGAUUGCUGUUGUCCCUCAUGACAGCACGUUUUGUGCUCUGGAUAUGGAGGAAAAUCAACCAACAGUAUUAUGUGUCACAUUCACACUUAUAUCAUAGUGUUAAAGGGGGUUAUCCAGGAAUUUGAUAUUGAUUGCCUAUCCUCAGGAUGGGUCAUCAAUAUCAGAUCAGCCGGGGUCGACCCCCGCACCCUGCCGAUCAGCUGUUUGAGGAGGUCACGGCUCACCGGAGCUAUGGUGUGCGUUGCAGUCUCUUCACCGCUUACCAAGCACAGCGCCGUACAUUGUAUAGAGGCUGUUACUGGUAUUGCAGCUCAGCCCCAUUCACUUGGAUGUGACUAGGUGCAUCUAGGCCACUUGACCGAUGUACGGUGACGUUACUGGCCUGGAAAGAGGUCAAAGCGCUAAAGGAGCGCCACAGUCUCUUCAAACAGCCUACAGGAGUCUAACUCCAGGGAAUAUCAAAUUCCCGGAUAACCCCUUUAGGUUUUUACGGUAGUAGAAGAGGCCUAAUAUUAACCCAGCAGAUAAAAUCUUUAGCCACUGGAGACAGUGUAGAUUAGGGAUAUCAAACUUGUGACGUGCCAGCUGUUGUAGAACUACAACUUCCAUCAUGCUCAGACAGUCUACAGCUAUCAGGGCAUGCUGGGAGUUGUAGUUUUUUAACAGCUGGAGGGCCAUGAGUUUGACAUUCCUGGUGUAGAUCAUCUUUUCUCAUAUGUCUUAUGGUGCACAUAUGCAGUAGAUGAACAUCCGCCAAACCUGGCAACCAUCUAAUGUGUAUGGGGGUCUCCCGACUGUUUAAUAACGGCAGAGGAAAGAAGGAUCGGGAUGUUGGAUUUCAACUGCCUGAUCCAUUGUUCUCCUGGGAGAUAAGUUGCUGCUAUAGGUGUCGGGUGCCAGGGCAGCAGCUUAGUCCCCUGUAAUAAUACUUAGGAGACAUCAUGAACCUUCUCCAAUAUGUAUACAGCUUAGUCCCCUGUAAUAAUACUUAGUGACAUCAUAGGUGUAGGUCUUGCAUUGCACAUAGGGGGAGGUUGGAUUAGCUUGUAUGAAUCUGCUUAAAAUUUUUAAGAGAAAACCAGACAACACGGGUCAAUUACUUGUAAUAAAGAAUACAUGAUUAUUUACCUGACAGAUCCCACUCUGCUGCCCCGAUCCUCCUGGCCGGCCUCUAUUUUCCUGGCUGCAGCGGUGACAUCACAUCAAUGUGGGACCGCUGCAGCCAAUCACUGGCCUCAGCUGUACACUGAAGUGGUCAGUGAUUGACAGCAGCCAUCACGGAAGCAUGGAAAACAGAACCCUGCCAGAAGAACCAGAGCGGCAGCGCGGGAUCUGUCAGGUGAGCAAUCGUCUAUUCUUUGUCACAGGUCGGCCAUUUCUUAGGCCUGUGUUCAGUGUCUCCUGCUGAUGGCUCUGAACAUUCAGGUCUGAUACUGACCGCUACAAAGGCAUCAGCAGAUCUGCAGGUGGUAGGUGCCGUCCUCUGCUGUAAAAACCAUUACCUAGAAAUGGAGCUAUGGGCAAAUCUGUCCAGGUGGGCAAUUAUGGGGACCACUUAAUAUUGAAGACCUACUGCAACGCCUCCGAGAUGGACAUAAGUCACACAUGGUGCAGAUCAACCUUUAUCUACCGUGUCACGUCCUACAAUUAUGCAAGUCUUAUGCCGGCCAUAAGAUAGCUGGCGGCUGUACGUCUGUCUCUCUCGACUCCUCUGUAAACGUGUUCACGGGCCGAGUGUUCAUGUUUAAUUCCCUAGAGAGAUGGGAAUAUUUUACCCUAACGUAAGGCAAAGGGGGUCAGUUGGGUUACCCCUAUGCACAUUAGGAUGUGGGUUUGGCUGACAUGUAAUGUGUAUGGUCAGCUUUACCGAAACCAUUUGCUGGUGGUUCCUCAUAGACAAUGGAGAUCCUCCCCUCUACAUAAAGCCCUGACUUUUAGGUAAGGGCUGAAACAGCAACUCCAUUUCAUAGCCAUGUUCAGUCAUCAUGUACUUGCAGUGUUGGUUGUGUGAUUGUGUCAUCUGGUUAAAUUGCAUCUGUUGUAAGAAGCAUCAUCAUGUCAUGUCGCUUGCUGUCCCUGGUCUGACUGGACGGCCAUCACUUACUUAGUACAUCCUCCUCUAUCUGGCUCAUAGCACAGACAGUGCUCGUCAAGUGCACAUUUAUCCUACAGGGCAUCUGUCAGCCAGUGUCAUAGGUACAAAUCUGCUGACAGAUGCCCUUUAACUGAAGAACUUUCUCUGCAUCGGGCCCAAUGGUUCAACAUAAUUGCUUCUGGAGCCUGUUCGUGAAGAAGAGUGCUCUCCCUUGGCACAAUACAUUUUGCUAUAAACUGCUUUAUUUCCGUUCAAGUUACUGUGGAUUUGAUGCAGGCCGGAGGCUCCAAUUUCAGUCUCUGGUUUGUACUUGCUUUUUUAACUUUUAGAUUCCAAAGAGAGAGGGUAAAGUCUGCAUUUUCCUCGUCUCUGCGAGGCUUAUAGCAAACCACGCCCGAUCCUUGAUGUGUGCGGACCUGACCCUACUGUGACGAUUCUUUCCAGCGUCGGCGUCUCGUCCUUCCUUGUUACUUUACUUGCACUGAGCAGCAUUUUUCGUUCUUUUUAAGGGUAUGCAGACCCCAAAAUAUAUUUAAAUAAAAAAAUAAUCACAUCCAAGAUUCAGCUGGCCUAAAUCUUGUGCUCAGAACAAAUAUUAGGAGCUUUUUUAUGCCAUGAAAGCGGUUUGAGCUUUUACGAUACAAUCUUUAUAUUUUACAGAAUCGCUCUAUGUUUCCAAUGUACAGCAACGCAUACUGGGCAGAUCCAUUUAUACGUAUCUACUUGUGCUAUUGGGCGGUUUAUAGGCCGCUCUCACCAUAGAGUUUGUGUGGGUAUUGUUCUCUUAUUUAUUUUUUAGGAAAUCCAGAAUAUUUCUAUUUGCAUUGAAAUGUUAAUUUUAAAAUGUAAAUAUUGUACAGUUGUAUAUUCUAUAGCUUAUGUGCAAAAAUGUAAACCUGAUUCUCUGCAUGAAGGAUUCUGUAUCUUUUCAGAGCAUAUAACUCCAGAUCCAUAAUAAGGGGGGGAACUGCAAAUACUGUUACCUUUCAUGGAAUAUAAUUAAAGGCGUAUAUUG